AUGGCGCUGGUGGUGAACGUUUUGAGGCGAAGAAGAUCUGGGGAACAAGAAACAAUUCAAGUCAUUACCAAAGACUUGAUAAGAAACUUGAAAGUUCCACAAGAAGAUCCAUCAGGUCGCUCAAUCAUACUUGAAGAUGUAGAGUUUGGCCGAAUUAAGAAAGCUUCAAGGGUUUUGUCAAAAGAAGAAAGAGARGCAGCAUGGGAUGAAAUCAAGAAAUUAAAAGAACUGCAGCAAAAUGAAACGGAUGAAAGGAAAACUUACAUGCAAAUGAUGGACUUAAAUAGAAAGGAAAAUGAAAAGCUGUCUGAUCUUGAUCAGGAAGCAAAGCUAAGAAGUCUUCAUUUACUUGAGAAAGCUAAUGAACAAAUGGAAGAAGAGGAAGAUGAAAUAAAAAAACUUAAUGAGCUGAUUUUAAAUGCUAAAUGCCAUGCAAUUAGAGAUGCUCAGCUGAUUGAAAAGGUUGAAAUAAAAAAGGAACUUCUAACUGAAGAUAAGCGACUUGAUGAAAUGAUGGAGGUUGAACGAAUUAAAGCAUUACAGGARUAUGAGGAAAGAGAGCAAAAGAGGCAACAGGAGAGGUUAGAUGGUGCAAAAAUACUCAGAGAUCAGAUUAAAGACAACCUACAGAACAAGAUGUUGGAAGAAGAAAGAAAAGACCAAGAAACAGCGGCUAUGUUGCAAUAUCUGGACAAACUGCAGCUUGAAGACUUGCAAAAUUUAAUUAAAAAGAAGGAAAUCCAGAAGGAGUUAAUGAAAGAAGUAGCAAAAGCUAAUGAAGAAAUACAACGACAAAGGGAUGUAAAAAAGCAGCAAGAACUAAUGGAAGAGGUCAAAGUUAUGGAGUAUCUAAAACAGAAAGCUGAAAGAGAAGAAGCUUAUCAGAAAGAGGUUGAAAAAGCCAAAAUUGAGAAAGAGAAGGAAAUAGCUCGUCUUCGUGCACAGCAAGAAAGAGCAAAGGAUGUCCAGGCUGAGAAAGAUGCUCUUAGAGCUAAGAGAAAUCAAGAGGAAGCAGAACGAGAAUGGAGAAGAAAAGAAAAAGAAGAAAAUGAAAAAAAGAUAAGGACUGAAGCCAUGUUGAAAGCAGCAAGAGAAGACCAAGUUAAGAAUAAAGAACAUUUCCUAGCUGUUCAAGCAGCAAGAGACAGAGCAGAAUUUGAACGUGUUCUGGCAGCACAGAAGGAGCAGAUGGUAAAAGAUGAAGAAUCAUCCAAGGUUACUGCUAUUCGAAGACAUCAAUAUGCAGAUGAAGUUCGCCAACAGAUACGUGAGAAGGAAAAAGACCGCAUCCAUGCUAGAAAUGCUUUUUACGAAGAAGGAAUUAAGCUUGACCAGGAAGCAAAAGCAAG